AUGGGUUGGUGGUGGUCAUCGGGUCCAACAGCGGCUCCUGCCACGGAGUCUGCUCCUCCAGCAAUAGCACAAACACCGGCACCAGUGUCCACAACGCAUAGAGAAGCACCAAAGAAGAUCGCUUCACCAGACAGCGACCUUGAGGCUCUAUUCGCAUCAUUCGAGAAAGCCUCAGAACCCACAAGAUCCACAAACACAACACAAGAAUACGCACAUGAAGCACCACGGAUCGACCACAUAACACCCGCACCGAAAGAAACACCCACAAAUUACGUUCCCUCGCCCUCUGGCUCAAUCGAGCAGCAGUCACCCACCGACGCACCCCUCGAUAUCUCCCCCGAAGCCCUCUACCCACGUCAAAUGUCCUGCCGUCAAGCCUUCGAUCAAGCCUUUUACUGCCAAUCCCUAGGUGGAAAGUUCAACGACAUCUACCGCUACGGAGAACUACGCAGCUGCUCGGACAACUGGAACGCCUUUUGGUUCUGCAUGCGCAUAAAGACUCUACCCGACAAGGAGAAGGAAGAGCGUAUCAAGGAAUUUUAUCAAGCAAAGGAUGAACAGAACAAGGCUGAAAAGGGCAGCUCGGAAAAGAUUUGGGAUUUGAGAACUGAGCCGGUCAAGAAGGCCUUUUGGAGAGAUCCCGAGGACGUGACAGAGAAGAAUUGA